CCGAGUGUAUGCAUCAGUGUUACUGCCCGUGGUGAGUAUGGAUGAGCGAGUGGUACUCGUACUCCGUACUCCGUACACUGCCUACCUACUUAGGACUUAGGUACCUACCUAGGUACCUAUAAGGUAAGUGCAGGCGUGGCCUGGACAGGUCGCUACCCCUGUGGCCCAUGCCCAUAAGCCAGCCCAGCCAGAUGGAGAAUGGAGAAUGGAGAUUCUGGAGACUGGUCCCCCCAAAGCCUAACACGUAACUCCAACUGACACGGUUCAACCGCAACCCAACGCAUCCACCCAUCUUCGUGCACUCCGAGCGAACAUCCACCAGACCCUUGGAACCUGGCAUCUAUCUCAUCGACCGCCCUCUUCGCUUCCGCCCUGAGGCCCCUUCCAACCUUCUCCUUCUGCACAACAUCUGCGAGCCGCGAACCUUGUCCCACACUCGACCCCGACAAGGCAAAAGGGACGCCAAGCCAGACCAGGUCCAUCCAUCAUCAUCCCUCCUUGCCCAAACCGCCAAACAGCCAAGUGCCUGCCUGCCCGCCCUUCUUUGCGUCUGUCGCUCACUCCCUCCUGCAACAACCGACCGACACUCCCUAGAAACGCGGCAUCCAAACCGGUGCUCUGAACUCCUUCAACAUGGCAAGCAACAGGAAUUAUGACUUUUUGAUCAAGCUGCUGCUUAUCGGCGACUCCGGCGUGGGCAAGUCCUGCUGUCUGCUGCGAUUCAGCGAGGACUCGUUCACGCCAUCGUUCAUCACCACCAUCGGCAUCGACUUCAAGAUCAGGACGAUCGAGCUCGAUGGCAAGCGGGUCAAGCUGCAGAUCUGGGACACGGCCGGCCAGGAGCGCUUCCGCACCAUCACGACCGCCUACUACCGCGGUGCCAUGGGCAUCCUGCUGGUCUACGACGUCACCGAUGAGAGGUCCUUCAACAACAUCCGGACCUGGUUCGCAAACGUGGAGCAGCACGCCACCGAGGGCGUCAACAAGAUCCUGAUCGGCAACAAGUGCGACUGGGAGGAGAAGCGCGCCGUGUCCACCGAGCAGGGCCAGGCCCUCGCCGACGAGCUGGGCAUCCCCUUCCUCGAGGUCUCGGCCAAGAGCAACAUCAACAUCGACAAGGCCUUCUACAGCCUCGCCUCCGACAUCAAGAAGCGCAUCAUCGACACCUCCAAGAACGACGCCUCGGCCGGCAGCGCGGGCGUCAACGUGGCCGGCAGCUCCGAGAGCUCCGGGAGCAAGUGCUGCUAAGAGAGAGGUCGCGCGGCAUGGUGCGUGGUCUGGGAUUCAUGGGGGCCGGGAGUGCAAGGGAGAGUUUGAGUCGAGGGGCAUGGUUAUUUGCUGGCCAGCAUGUGGGUCAGCAGCCUGGCAAGAUUGCGGCCGUCCUGCAGUGAGACUUUGCGGGAGCCGGAAAAGGUCGAAAGCCUGCCUGCGUUCGUUCGGCGCAAGUAUGCAUACAGGAACGGAAACGGGGUGCGCACCAAGUACAGCAGAGAUCAGUCAUCACGAACCCUUGGGAACCUGGGGGGUUUAGGAGACAAACAGCAGACGGAGGGGACGCUUCCAGCGAGCGUCUGCGACCACAACCACUUUUGACGGGAUGCAGUCAGUGAUCCGCCCAGGGCUAGAACGGGGUGCCCGAGGCAAGAAGAGCGUUGUUAGAGCGAGAGAAGACGGAGAAAGGGAAAAGGGAAAAGAGUCGCGAGCGAGCUAAGAAAGAAGAGAACCCCUCUUCCCUGGCACCCCCUUUCUUUUUAUUUUGUUUUCCUGCGGAGGCAAAUGGAAGUGUCAAUAUUUGGAAGCAAACGGAGUUAGUGGCUAUAUCUGGGUUGCAAAUACAUUUUGUUCCAAAAGAGGAUACCAACUCGUGCGGGGUGUGCACAUGUGGUUGCUGGCUGUCGUUGUUGGGUUUGUCCGGUGCCCCGACAUGGCCUUGGUUGAAUUGUUUGCGUUCCAUUACGCGUGUCUGGUACCCGGAGGAUCUUGGUUGUUGCAGGAGACAUGAUGGCUAGGACGAGACUGGAGGUAUACGGGACUGGCCGCUGCCCCAGGGCGUACGUACCAUGCUCGGCUUGACUAUCAGGGGAUGAGCAGUCACAGAGUUGACCAGAGGCAGCCGGAAUUCAGUGAGAUAUUCUGCGAGGAGGUGCUACCAAACUAUCCUCUCUUGGCGGCAAUGACCGCGGUUGUUGAUGGCCUCGGGGGCGAGGGUAUUCUUGCUCUAGGCGUUCGUCACACGUGAAUCGUCGUCUACCAUGCGAUGGGCUGAGACCAUCACCCAAGGUUUCUGCAGAAUCUUGAACAACACCGAAAAGACUAGGCUCA